UCCUCCCCGUCACUCUUGAGACGCCCAAGGGCAAGUCCCGACUAUAACGAUAACCCGACUCUGGCUCUAUCUCGGAUCCUCACAUACCCGAAUCCAUCUCAACCGUUGAUUCUAAACUGUUUGUCGGCGAGAUUUUGAUGCGGUGACUCCAGGGGAUUAAUCCUUGUCCAUGGAGACGGAGAAUCCGGCAAACUACUCGUAUAUGGGAAGGGACUUUGGUGAUUUGAGUAUCAAUGAUGACUCCGCGGCUUUCAGUGAUUGUAAUAGUGAUAGAUCCGGUGAGUUCCCAACGGCUUCGUCUCAGAGCCGAAGGCUCCUUAUCGCUUGCGCUUCGGAUAAUUCCGACGAUCUGAUUCGCCAGCUGGUAUCGGAUCUUGAGUCCUGCUCUAUUGACGAGCAAAAGCAAGCGGCUAUGGAGAUCAGGCUUUUGGCGAAGAACAAACCAGAGAAUCGACUCAAGAUCGCCAAAGCAGGUGCGAUUAAGCCAUUAAUUGCGCUAAUCUCAUCCACCGAUCCUCAGCUUCAAGAGUACGGUGUCACGGCGAUACUGAAUCUUUCUUUGUGCGACGAGAACAAAGCGCCGAUAGCUUCAUCAGGAGCGAUAAAGCCGCUAGUGAGGGCUUUGAGGACAGGGACCCCAACGGCUAAAGAAAACGCGGCAUGCGCUCUGCUUCGCCUCUCUCAGAUAGAGGAGAACAAGGUCCCGAUAGGACGGUCCGGAGCGAUUCCACUUUUGGUGAACCUCCUCGAGUACGGGGCUUUUCGCGGGAAGAAAGACGCAUCUACGGCUCUCUAUUCGUUGUGCUCGGUGAAGGAGAACAAGAUCAGAGCCGUCGAAGCAGGGAUCAUGAAGGCUUUGGUUGAGCUUAUGGCUGACUUUAGCUCGAACAUGGUGGAUAAGUCGGCGUUCGUCCUAAGUGUCUUGGUGACGGUGCCGGAAGCGAGAACGGCGCUAGUAGAAGAAGGCGGGAUCCCUGUGCUGGUGGAGAUCAUCGAGGUCGGAUCACAGAGACAGAAAGAGAUCGCGGUGGCGAUACUGUUGCAGGUGUGCGAAGAGAGUGUGGUGUACCGCACGAUGGUGGCUCGAGAAGGAGCAAUUCCUCCCUUGGUAGCUUGGUCGCAGUCCGGCGCAAAUCGCGCCAAACAAAAGGCGGAGACAUUGAUAGAGCUUCUACGGCAACCAAGAUCCGGCAACGCCGCUGCCAGGGCCUCAGAAGUGUCAGUGUAGGAUUUGUCCCGCUGCCCACGUGCUCAUGUAAUCAAUCAAAUACAAUGAAACAAGUCAAAUACUAGUUUUUCCUUUCUUUUUCUCUCUUUUAAUUUUAUAUUCAAAAAAGAGUGUAGAGUAAAAGAAGGAGGAAAAAAAAAAAAAGGAAAAAAAAAAAAAUUGUAAAUAUCUUUAUGUAAUGUAGCUUGUAAAAUCUUUGUGCAAGUGCUUUGAUUUUGGUUUCGGGUUUUGGGUGUUCUGCUUUUGA